ACACACAACUCUCCCUUUAAACUUCCGACUGCCUGGACUUCAACCAUAUCGCAGCAAUUGGCGCUCCAAUCUUAUCACGCUUUUCGAUCUCGCGAACCCGUCCGAUUGCCAUGCCGCAAUUACGCAAUUUACUGGGGCGAAAGCCCGCUGUGUCCGACGGAGACAACAGUGAUGUUAUUGAAAAUGUGCAGUCUCGAUUGUCUGUCGACAGCCAGCACAGUGGACCUAUGAACUUUCGAAAGAGCAGGGAAGAGGUUCCAAAUGAGUAUAAACUGAGUGUGGUCAAUGACAGUGGAGUUUAUCUUCCGCCAUCACCGCCAGAAAAGCAGAGCUUCUGGCACAAAUACUCUCAUUCCCCCGCAUCGUCGAACCAUCGCAAUCUCGUCAACGAGAAUGAGCCAUUUUCCAUAAGUCGAGAGUCCUUUGACUCGUACCGACGAUCAUUUGAUAUCUCCGCCAGAUCCCCUGUUCCACAAUCCGAAAACAUCCCCCCUCGCACCUCUUUAGAUUCGCGCUUUCCUCGACACAAUGGGCGUUCUAGGGGCUCAUUUGAACAGCCUCAGUCUAUGGAGGAGGAGACCUUUGAAGAUGUAAGAUUAGCCGACGAAGAUAUCAAACCAAAGAAAAGGGGCCUUUUUGCUCGCUUUGGCGAUAAUUCUACCGAAGCGACUAGCAGCAACAACCGACCACCUUCUUCACACUUAGGUUUCCGUCUUCCAGGUCGAAAGAGGGGACAAAGUGGUCAAGGUGCAGAACUUGGGGAUUUUAAACCCGAAUCACCCACGGCAGAGGUAUAGAGACCUUUAUUAUAUACAUUUCCCUCGAUCUUCGUUUACACUAUUCUACUUUAACAACUUAUGGCGCAGAAGGUUUGUAGGGGCUACAGAACACGCUCGCUGAUUGUCGGAU